CAGAAAAAGUGUUAGUUGAUUAAAAAUUAAAAUAGAUAGACCACAUUUACCACUCAUCAGAAAUAUAAACAUGAACACAAUGAGAAUCGCAAACAUGGACAGAAACAGAAGAAAAACAGAGAAGAAUAUUCAAUUGUGAAAAAUUUAAGCAAAAUCUAAAUCAUCCACUGAGUGGAAUGUCUUCUGUUUUCUCAGCUUGCCAUUGAAACACUGGCUCUUUUAGUCAUGGAGUAAUUAAGAUGCCCCUCAGGUGGACACUUUGGUCUCCUUUGUGUCUUCUUGUGGGUUUUCGGGUCCCUAUCAGCUACCACGGGGGCAUUAGAGGCUUUAUAUUCAGACAUGGACUUCAGAAAGCCCUUCAAACAGAGCAUUCACACUCAAUCUCUAAAUGGAUCUAUGCGUCACCAUCAAAGGGGUCUCGUUCCUGCUGCAGGCGGGUCUGGGGAUCCUGGCCAACACGCUGGUCCUGCUGGCCUAUGUCCACAUCAUGCUGACCGACGCUCAGCUGCAGCCCGUGGACUCCAUCCUGUGCCACCUGGCCUUCGCCGACCUGCUGCUGCUGCUGACCCGCUGCGUCCCACAGACCAUGACCGUCUUCGGCAUGAAGAACCUGCUGGACGACGCCGGCUGCAAGGUGGUCAUCUACAUCUACCGCAUCGCCCGAGCGCUGUCCGUCUGCAUCACCUGCAUGCUGAGCGUCUUCCAGGCGGUGACCGUGGCGCCGGCGGCCGGGACGCUCCUGUCGGGGUUGAAGCUCCGGCUCCCACGGCUGGUCAUCCCCACCUUUGUCGCGCUGUGGUUCAUCAACAUGGCCGUCUGCAUCGCCGCCCCGUUCUUCUCCGUCGCCCCUCGUAACGGCACAGUCCCGCCGUUCACCCUCAACCUGGGCUUCUGCCACGUGGACUUCAGGGAUAACCUGUCCUACGUGAUUAACGGGGUGGCCGUGACGGUGCGUGACUUUGUGUUCGUGGGCAUGAUGCUGGGCUCCAGCGGCUACAUCCUGGUCCUCCUUCACCGGCACGGCAGGAAGGUGCGGGGCAUCCGGCGCUCACAGGGUGCCACGAUGGAAACGCGGGCAGCCAAGACGGUGGUGAUGCUGGUGGUCCUGUACGCUGUGUUUUUCGGGAUCGACAACAUCAUCUGGAUCUACAUGCUGACAGUGCCGCAGGUGCCUCCGGUGGUGGCUGACAUGAGGGUGUUCUUCUCCUCGUGCUACGCCUCGCUCAGCCCGUUCCUCAUCAUCUCGUCUAAUAAGAAGGUCAAAGCCAGGAUGGUGUGUGCGACCUCGUCAGACCAGGAGCGGCAAGCAGAGGAUAGCAAGGACUCAAAAGCUGCCAAAAACUGAGCUUAACAAAGAUUUGUAGUUUUGCAGUAGAGUCACAAAUAUGUGUCCUUGGAGCACAAAAGCAGUAAUAAGUAUCACAGGUAUAUUUGUAGCAAUGGACAACAAUAUAUUGUAUGGGUCAAA